CGGCUGUACGAAGGUUGACCCAAUGCAAGAGCGUGAGGUUGGCCCGAAACAGCACGUUCAUUGGUUCUAGGUAACAGACAACGCCUCCGUUUCCAAGCUGUUGCUACCAAAAGAAUUCGUUGCGUCAGCUGUCCAGACUCCGAUACUGUGGAAGCCUGCAACGCGGAACUUUAACAACUAGCGACAAAUAUGUGCGCAUCAAUGAUGUAUCAGCACCUUCCAUCAGUAAUUGGCAUCGUUGGCAGUGGCCAGAUGGGGUGUGGUAUCGCCCAAGCCAUCGCCCAGCGCGGCCUGACCGUGCUGCUCAACGACGCCAGCCCAACCGCCAUCGAGAAGGGGCUCAACGGUGUCAAAAAGGCGUUGGAGCGGCUGGUACGGAAGGGCACGGUGGCUCCGGACGAUGCGGCGGCGACACUGGGUCGCAUCCACACCUCUCAUGGCAGCGUGGAGGCCCUGCGCGGUGCGGACUUCAUCAUCGAGGCGGUGGCGGAGGACGAGGCGCUCAAGAAGGAGGUGUUCAGGAACCUGGACAAGGCCACCCGUGUGGGCACCAUCCUGGCCUCCAACACCAGCUCCAUCUCGAUCACCCGCAUCGCGUCAGCAACCACCAAGCCGCACCGAGUGGUUGGCAUGCACUUCAUGCACCCCGCCACGGUGGUGCCGCUGGUGGAGGUGGCCAAGGGCAUGCACACCAGCCAACAGACCUACGAGUCCGCCCGCUCCUUCGCGGAGCACCUGGGCAAGACGGUGUGCGUGUCGCUGGACCGCCCCGGCUUCCUGGUGUACCGCCUGCUCAUGCCGCUCAUCAACGAGGCCUUCUUCCUGCUCAGCGAGGGGGUGGGCACGGCGGAGGACAUCGACCGAUCCAUGCGCCUGGGCACCAACAUGCAGGCGGGGCCGCUGCGCAUGGCGGAUAACAUUGGUCUGGACACCUGCCUCAACAUCAUGCGCACGCUGUACUCGCAGUUCGGCGACCCCAAGUACCGCCCCUGCCCGCUGCUGGUGCAGUACGUGGACGGGGGACUGCUGGGGGUCAAGAACGGGCGCGGGGUGUUCCAGUACGACCCCUCCAUGCACGACGUCGUGCACGCGCAGCAGCCGCACCUCAACAUCUCCGGAAGCACCCGCUCGUCCGCCUCCUCCACCUCGUACGGCAUCUGAGAUGUAACAAUCUGCCAUAGGAGGGUACGACUCUGUCGUACGAGGCCCAUUGGGUUACCGAUGGCGGUGACUUGCAAAGCUGUCGCACGUCAUGCCGCUCUGCGGGGCUUUGGUGGGCCGUGUGUGGUGGGCCUCCCUGAAGAUGAUGUGCAUACACGGGAAGAUGUGGGUCUUUAGGCAUGUUUGUAAAGAGGAGGAGGAGGAAGAUGGGGUGGCGCCGGGUGUGCCGUGCGGGUCCUCCUGGUGUGUUUGUUUGUUCGUUUGCCUGGAUGUGUGUAGGGGGGUAACAUGAGGAAUACACCUGAAGAUUAUGUUGUGCAUGCAGCAAGGUGAUAGCAGGUCUGGCGUUUCGAAUUCCUUACGUGUUGAGGAGGUGUGAGUUGCUGCAUGUCGCCUGCUGUUCAGUCCAGGAGGCAGCGCCGAGGACGGCAAGGAAGCGCUAGAUAUUUAGGUGACAGCUGCUUGCAUGCAUCCCUCCAGGAUGCGCCCCACGUCUUUUGUCCUUUCCGGUAAUUGAAGAGGUUACGUACCUCAAGCUCUUAGGGAGCACCCAAGGCUUGAGGGGGUUUCGUGCGUGCAAUCAUGUUGGGUAGUAAGGACAUCAGGGUUGACCCAUGGGUCGGGCGUCAUGCCCCCUUGCAUGCAAACCUGAGGACAUCCCCGAGGUAUCGAUACACCGAUAUCCUACGUUCGAUUAUAUCGUGCACGGUUGGCAAUCAACUGAUCGCUUCACCUGUUUAAUUCUCUCUCUGUCUUCAGAAGGGCUUCGGAAAGUAGGAGAGUAGUGUUUGUCGGGGUGCUGUGGAGGGGGACAGCUGUCGCACUACCGUCAGGUUGGUUCCAAUUGGAAUGCCGGGUAAGGCUCUUAUACUAACAACUGCUAUGGUAGGCCGUCUUGGGCCCUCCAUUCACAAUUCCGGGGGUCUCUUGCCUUGCUAGUUGCCACAACCGUCCGUAUGUUGAGGGUUGACAACAACAACAACAGCAAGCGCACACAUUGCGUUUGGGCCAAGCAAGGGCCUCCGUCUCUAGUGUACGACAGAUCUCGAGAUUGUUUCGUGCCGACGAGCACUAUAUCUCUCAUACCCUGUAUUAUAUGUAAGAAAAGCUGUCAUG